AUGAAGUUCUACCUGAUUUGUGUCUUCUUAUUCGCUUGCUUCACCUGUUACUAUGCCCAAGAAGGUAAUAAGUUCUACUGUGGAAGGACCUUGUCAAGAGCUAUAGCUGCUCUCUGCUGGAGUGAUGAGUCCAAGAGAGAUGCUGGCUGGUGGCCCCAUCAUGGCUCCAGGAUUCUUGCUGGUAACCGAGGCAAAAGGGGACCUGCUGACGAGUGCUGUGAGAAGUCCUGCUCCGUUCAAGAACUGAUGUCCUACUGUUGA